GUCACCAGUGUGUAUCGCUCCUAUAGAUAUAUCUAUAUAUGCGUGUACAUUGCGCGUUUGGCAAAACGGGAACGUUCUUCGGCGAGAAAGCGAAGAAAAAAAGACAUCCACUGUCAUACUAAAACGCGAUACAACAACGGCGUUUUUUUCCAUUGAUUCACGAUGCUGCUAAAAUCGCUUGAAAGACGCACGAUCGAUUCAUCUUAAAAUCCCGUUUGAUCAUAGACUCGGGGAAAGGAAGACCGAAGAAAUAAUAUCGUGUGCACGGUUCGAGAAGAUUUUUCUAUCUACACUCGCUCGUUCGUAAUUCGACAGCGAACGCGGGUAUUGUUCUACUGCGUAUGUGUUUUUUGAGUGGUGGGUUAGGUGGUCCGCGCUUUUCCGGAAAGAACGUAGGUGCAUGAACGUCUCGGCGUGCUCUGCUGCUGCCAAUCUUUACAAUUGAUUUCCUUUUAAUAGAGUGAAAAAGUAAGAAAGAAAAGAUAAGUAUCUCAUCAAACUGCUCGUUAUUCCGGACGAGAGGAAUCGCGGCAGAGAUAAUAAAACAGUGACGCUCUACAAUGCCGUAUUUGAGGAAAAAACCGUUUCAACGGCUUCACGUUUCCUCCGACUAUAAGGACGACGAUGAGGUCUUUCAUUGCGAGGUUACGAACGAAGUCUUCAAAGAUUACAAUGAAUUUUGUGAGAGAAUCAUUCUAUGCAACUCGACCAUAUGGUCAUGCAGUAUCACAGGAAAAACCAACAUGACAUUCGAGGAAGCUCUUGUAUGCGAGGAAAAUGCAAAGAAAAGUCUCAAGGAAUUUCCCAUGGAGCUGAGAAUCCCAAUAUUGUAUCUGGCAAAUCGGACAUGCAGAACCUCUUUUAACGAAAUGAUAGAAGAUGUUUACCAAUUUGCAAGAGAUCGUUUUUUUGUUGGAGAAAUGGUGGAGGCAAGUUUCACAGAAGAUUCUUGGUGCGAGUGUCACGUUCUCCAGGUCAUUGAACCAACGGAGGCUCAAAUAGAAGCAUAUGUUCCAGAAGCCAAUAGAAAUCCACAGGACAGACAUUACCAUCCACCGGCAAAACUAUUCAGAUACGAGGUUGAACAACUCGAUUGUGGAGAUUCCGACGUUAGCCAAUUAAUGAUUGUUGAGGCAGCCCAAGUUAGAAGAAGAAAACAACAGUACAGCAGAGAACGAAACAAGAUUUUCCUUAGACUUCUCUGUGAAUUGAACAGCAAUGGCAUCUGGGUCAUAAAAGAAAGCGUUCAACAAAAAUACGGCAUAGCGAAAGUCCGUUUCGAUACAAUAUUUGCCGGACCGUUGCCAGACUUCACCCCGCAACCGAAAAAAAUAAUCAAACAGAAGCAAGAAACAUUGGAUAAAUUCCUAACGGCGGAUACAACGAAACACCGACAGUUCGAGAAACCUGAUCCGCUCCGUAAACUCAACGAGACUUCGAUCGUCGUUAAAAAAUUUCGUAAACCCAGUUCUAAAAAAUUAACGAACGGUAGAGUCAAGGAAGAUUUGAAAGCUCGUGCUUUAGAGAACAAAGCAAAGAGGCAAGAGCAACGCAACGAAAAUCGGGAGCGAAAGAAAGAGGAGAAACAAAAGCUCGCUGCUUUAGCGGCUUACGUUCGUGAAUGGAACAAACCUCGUGAGGAUCUCGAAUGCGAAGAUUUGAGACCGUUGCACGAGCCCACAGCGAUAAAAUGUGGCGUGCCGAACGAGAGUUUCGGAGAUUUUGCUAUGAUACUUGAAUUUUUACAAUUCUUCAAAGAAGAACUUGAAGUCUCAACGUAUUUCCCGAAUGGCAUCAACUUGGAUAUUCUGGAAAGAGCCAUGAUGGUCAAAGAGACUUCAGGAUCGUGGAGCGAAUUGUUGCAGCUAUUGUUAGCAAAUAUUUUCAAGUAUCAGGCGGAGGAAGAAGAUGAGAUUCAUGCUGACGACGGUGGGGACGAUGUCAAUAUGGAACAUGGGGUUUCCUCGAUGGCCGAAGCCGUCAAACUCGCUACCAUGGCUUCCUCUUGGUGCCAAAAUCAGCAAGGCUGCCAGCUCUCUGAAAUUACGUUGGAUCAUGUUACCCUAAGUGAGAUUUUGCGACAACACCUUCUCAGCUCGGGUGGACGGAUCAGCGAAGCUGCUUCCAAAUGGCGAUACUCUCAACGCGGGGGUUAUACAAAUCAUGACGAUCCGGCAUUACAACUGCGCAUGAACGAAGCAAGAAUUCUUCGCACACUCGGUCAUCGUAGCGUCUGCGAGUUCGAUCUUGCCGAUCGUCUCACCUUAACAAUAUGUUUGAUAAAUCAACUGCUCACAUUUGCGUCAAUACGCGACGUGAUCGAGGAACGUCAUGAAAAAGUACAUCAAGCACGACGCGAGCUAAAAUUAUUUCUCCUCGCCGAACAGAAAAAAGAACGCGAAGAAAAAGAGAAAAUGAAGGAACGUGAAAAAGACGGCAACAAAGUUGAGCCGGAUUUAGAACAAGAACCGAAAAAGGUAACACGCGGCAAUCGCGGCGAGGAGAAAAAGCGAGAGGAUUAUGAAAAUAAAUUAACGGAAUUGCGGCAAGCCUCGAAAGAUGAUCAAAUGAUGCUCUAUUUGGGCUCUGAUCGUUCUCAUCGCAGAUAUUGGCGUUUCCUUUCUAUCCCUGGACUUUUUGUGGAAAACGAUGAAUGGUGGCCGGGCACUUGUCUUCGAGACGGAACUCCGUAUUUACCAGAACUUCAGGAUGGUGAUGCAACUUAUACGUAUCUAAGAAAUAAAUUCGAAGACGAGCUCAGCGACAAGGAGAACAGCGUUAACAAGGCAUCAAAAUCUCCCAAAAAAGGUGGUACCGCUGACAAGAAUGGUAUAAAAUCACCGAGAAAAGAAUCAAAACAAGAUUUCAACGAAAUUAGACGGAAGCUCAUGUGUUGCACCGGCAAUGCCGAAUGUCCGGUUCACCGGAAGCGAGCUGAACCAAAGUGGAGUUUUUACGGUAUACGAGAGGAUCUUGAGGCUGUGAUAAAUGGUUUAAACAAACGUGGCAUCCGGGAAGGCGAACUCAAGAAUAAUCUCAUUCACGAAACCGAUAGCUUGAUCUCGGUUAUUGAAAAUUGUCCGAAAUACAAACUCAAUCCAGAAUUGUUUGGACCACCUCCAAAGGACACUACGGCCAAGACGUCUAAGAAGAGCAACAAAAACGAAAAUUUCAAUUUGAAUUUCCCCGCAGACAUGGCGAUCGACGACGUCAUGGAGCUGACGCUACGAGACUCGAUACUCGAUCUCGAGGAGAAAUUGUCAGCUGGUUGUCUUGGCUCCUUGAAAGUGAAAGAUCGUGAUGCCUGGAGAGAUGCAAUAACAAAUGGCAAAUACGAUAAACAGUGUGACAAACUCGUUUACGGUCCGCACGAGUCCGAAGUUGAUCUACCUUUCAAUUCAACUCUCGACAAAAUAAAGAGCGAAUCAAGAAACAGCCGACCCGGCACUCCUGAUUCGGAAGUCGGCAGUGCAAUCGGAAAAGUUUACAGAGAUCCUGGUAAAUACCUCGGUCCUCCUGGUGAAAACGACAUUACUCCCGAUCCUAAACAACAAACCAGCAUUAGGCAAAUGGCGUGCGCCAUUCUCCAACUGUCUAACGCCGUAGAACCGAAAUUCUUGAAAAAACCAAGCGGCGCUGACGAUAAAGACAAAGUCUCGAUCGAAGAAAGUCGCGAAAGAUGGGAACAAUCGUUGAUGGCUUCGACAAGCUGGUCUCAACUUUUCGUUCAUCUCAAUACACUCGAGAACAAGGUUGCUUGGGGAAAAAGCGUCACUCACGCUCGUUGUCGUGUUUGUCGAAGGAGAAAGAAUGCUGAAAUUAUGCUCCUAUGCGACGGCUGCAACAAAGGCCACCAUCUUUACUGUUUGAAGCCUAAAUUAACGACCGUACCCGAAGGCGAUUGGUUCUGCUCCAGCUGCAAACCUCGUGAAACAAAGCCGAAAGAAAAAAUAAAGAAACGGAAGAAAUUCGAAGAUGAGUCCGAGGAAGAAACGGUCAUUUUGACCAAAGAAACCAGGCACAAUCGAGCGAAACGCGUGCCUGACAGUGACUGCGGCGACGUGGAAAACGGGGAUGAAGAUGGUGACGACGACGAUAAAGAAGAAGAUACCGAUGCAGGCUCGAAAGCGGAACCCGUGUGUACAAGCUGCCGAGGUAACGGUCGAUUGGUUUCGUGUGAUUCGUGUCCUCAGCGUUUCCACAUCGAUUGCCUCGAGCCACCUUUGGUCAGAAUCCCUCGUGGCAAGUGGACUUGCCACGACUGUAGAAAUCCACGUAAACACUCCAGCAGAAUAGUCCGAGGGCGAGAAAGAGAGAGGGACAAUGAGAGGCUGAGCGCGGCUGCCGCCCGCUCGCGCAUUCACGGCUUCGUCAAGACUCUUCUCACUACAGAUUCUGCUGAUUGGGACGCCGGAAGCGCGUCGGAGGAAACUACAGCUCGCCAAACGAGACGAACAACAAAGCGUGCGGCAUUCGAAGAGAAGUCGACAACAACUCAGCUGAAAGAACUGUUGGCGGAUGUAAUGAAACAUGUUGACUCGUGGCCUUUCUUGACACCCGUUACGAUUGACGAGGUUCCGGAUUACUACGAUUACAUUAAAAAUCCCAUGGAUUUUGGCACAAUAAAGACUAAACUCGAGAGUGGCAAAUAUGGGAACGUUAAAGAAUUUGUAACCGAUUGUCAAUUGGUGUUUGAAAACUGUGACACUUAUAAUCAAGAGCACAGUGUCGUGUACAAUUUUGUUCACAGGGCCGGUAUGCGACUGUCGGCGUACUUUGAGAAAAAAUGCAAAGCACUGGGUUUAACGGUGGAAGAAGAGAUCGAUCAGGCGGAGGAGCAGCCACCUGAGAAAAAGCCGAGACUGGCGAGCAACGGUCUUCAUGAGGAGGAAGAGGAGAGCGACGAGGAAGAGGACAAUGAAGGGAACGAUGCAGAGAUGGAGGUGGAUGAGGAUGAGGAUGAGGAAGACGAAGACGAGGAAGAAAAUGAAGAAGCUGAAGAUGACAACGAUUCAACGUACGGAAGUUAAGAAUAAAGGGAAACACGAUCGAUUCUGAGGAAUCGUUGAUGAGAUUUGAAAAACGCGAUUAAAAUGAUGAAUCGUAUGUACCUUAUAAACAAAAAUAUGUAUACUGUAUUAUAGAACCAUCGUAAGCGCGCUCCGUGAUUUUCUGUACCUUUACCACUGCGAAAACACGAAAAUGCAAACAAAGAAGAAAAAAACGAACAAAAAUAUCGAACGCGAUUCUUGAUACUUGUAGCUUCUAAUUAUUAUUAUUUUUUUUUAAUUACGUUUCUUUUUUUUCUGCUUUCUAUCCGAGACUGAUUCGUGACACGGAUGCACGCAGUAUUAUUUACCAGAGAUUAAUGCGAAUGGUUGUAAUUGGAGCCGUGGCGAAGUGAAAACAAAAAAGGUAUACAAAAAAAGUUGCUUCGGAAGAAUCUGAGAUGUGUAUUUGUAGAAAUCCUCUGCUGUAACUAAGAAGCCAGUACAAGCGAGAGGACUCGGUACGCUUGAGACCUAUAAUAUCGUAAUUAUUAAUACCCUCUCUCAUCUCCUCUUCUCACAAGUAGUUAUUCAUUAAGUAAAUAUGAUUUCGUUCCAGAAUCACUUUUCCCAUCAUCGUCGGCACUAUUUAUUAAUAUUAAUUUUCAUUGUAAAAUUUCACCAUCACUGAUCAAAUUGCAGAUUCAGUUUGACGCGAAAUUUUCACCCUGUCACACCGUCACCUUUGGCAAACUAACAACUCGAAUUUAGCAGUUGAAAAAAAGUUCUCGUGACCUCGCGCGGCUCAUAACUAUGUUCCAAAAUUAAUAUGAUUUCGUUGUAACAAUAUAACGAUUAGACAAAAAUGACGGUACUUAUCUUUUUUUCCAUUGAUAUAUAUAUUUUUUUCUCUUUACCAUCAACAUCCGCUAAACCUCGAGUUGUUUGACAUUUAGGCUGGGCCUACACGUACAAUUUAAGAUUCACGAAAUGUUAUUGUCCAUUGAAUUGUACACCACAAUCAUCGAGGGACGGUCGUUUAGAAUGAUGUAUGUUUUAUACAAUUAAUUUGGUAAUAAACACCCUCAAAACUGA